GAAAACGGCACAACCUUCGAAUUUAUGUGGUUGGAAACAUCGCACUCCACCACGAAAGUCUCGGUCUAACUAUUUUGGGCCAACAAACAAACACAAACUAAGAACAGCAAUGGCGGCACAGCUUUCUUUCGCGCCUCUCUUAUCCACAUGCACUCAACAUCUUCGUCCUUUCCAAUCGAGAACAAACAUCCAUUUCCAUUUCCCUUCACUUCCAAUUCCUCUAUCCCUCUCCACUUUCCCUUUCUCUUCUUCAACUGCCACAACCAGAGGCAAGGUCCUCUGUCAGACUGCUGGAGCGCAUUUCUUCGAUGCUCAAAACGCUGUUGAAGCCGGUCAAGAUCGACUGCUGAAGGUUCCUAUAUCGCACAUCAGAAACUUCAGCAUUAUUGCGCACAUUGAUCAUGGUAAAUCAACUUUGGCCGAUAAAUUGCUUCAGAUGACCGGUACCGUUCAGACUCGAGAAAUGAAGGAUCAGUUUCUUGAUAACAUGGAUUUGGAGAGAGAAAGAGGCAUCACAAUUAAACUACAGGCCACUCGAAUGCGUUACAUGUAUAAGAAUGAGGCAUACUGCUUGAAUUUGAUUGAUACACCUGGCCAUGUUGACUUCUCUUAUGAGGUUUCUCGAUCUCUUGCUGCCUGUGAGGGUGCUCUCCUUGUUGUAGAUGCUUCACAGGGCGUGGAAGCACAAACGUUGGCAAAUGUCUAUUUGGCUCUUGAUAACAACUUAGAAAUUAUCCCCGUUUUAAAUAAAAUAGAUCUUCCGGGUGCUGACCCACUUCGUGUUAUGAAGGAGAUUGAAGAGAUCGUGGGUCUUGAUUGUAGCAAUGCAAUCCAAUGCUCAGCAAAGGAGGGGAUAGGUAUAGUUGAAAUUUUAAAUGCGAUUGUUGAAAGAGUUCCUCCACCACGUAAUACCGCUAAUAGACCACUCCGAGCAUUAAUAUUUGAUAGUUAUUAUGAUCCAUAUAGAGGUGUUAUAGUUUAUUUUCGGGUGGUUGAUGGGCGAAUAAAGAGAGGCGAUAGAAUAUAUUUCAUGGCAAGUGACAAGGAUUAUUUUGCUGAUGAAGUUGGAGUUUUAUCUCCCAAUCAGUUGGAAGUGGAGGAACUUUAUGCUGGAGAGGUUGGCUAUCUUUCAGCUUCUAUAAGAUCAGUAGCUGAUGCAAGAGUCGGGGACACCAUUACUCACCAUGGUAGAAAAGCCGAAGACUCUCUACCUGGAUAUGAAGAGGCCACACCAAUGGUAUUCUGUGGCCUUUUUCCAGUUGAUGCAGACCAGUUCCCAGAGUUACGUGAUGCCCUUGAAAAGCUACAACUUAAUGAUGCUGCGUUGAAGUUUGAGCCUGAAACAUCGAAUGCAAUGGGUUUUGGCUUCAGGUGUGGUUUCCUGGGUCUUCUCCACAUGGAAAUUGUCCAGGAAAGACUUGAAAGGGAAUACAACCUAAGCCUGAUAACAACGGCUCCAAGUGUUGUAUAUAGAGUUAACUGUGUAAACGGUGAUACUGUUGAAUGCUCAAAUCCAUCCCUACUUCCUGAGCCUGGAAAAAGGAGGUCAAUUGAAGAGCCAUUUGUGAAGAUUGAGAUGCUUACACCAAAAGAGUAUAUUGGACCCCUGAUGGAAUUAGCCCAGGAAAGAAGAGGAGAGUUUCAAGAAAUGAAAUUUAUUACAGAAGUUAGAGCGUCAAUCACUUAUGCACUGCCACUAGCAGAAAUGGUAGGUGAUUUCUUUGACCAACUGAAAUCCAGAAGCAAAGGUUAUGCAAGCAUGGAGUACUCCUUUAUUGGGUACAGAGAAAGUGAAUUGAUAAAACUGGACAUUCAGAUAAAUGGUGAUCGAGUGGAACCAUUGUCGACUAUAGUGCACAACAAUAAGGCUUAUUCUGUCGGAAGAGCUUUGACUCAGAAGCUAAAGGAGCUGAUACCACGACAAAUGUUUAAAGUGCCUAUUCAGGCAUGUAUUGGCUCAAAAGUUAUAGCUAGUGAAACUAUAUCAGCGAUUAGAAAGGAUGUCCUUGCAAAAUGCUACGGCGGAGACAUUACAAGGAAGAAGAAAUUACUUAGGAAACAGGCUGAAGGAAAAAAGAGAAUGAAAGCGAUUGGGAGAGUUGAUGUACCUCAAGAAGCUUUCAUGGCUGUUUUGAAACUUGAAAAGGAGGUUUUGUAAUGUUGUUCCUUGGGAUCAUUUUUAUUCUUUAGCUAUUGUAUAUAAUUUUCCAGUGACUAAUGAAUUUUUUUCCCUCCCUCCCAAUAACUAUUUUGUAAUUUAUGUAUAUAAUUUCACAAAAGGAAAAAAAAAAAAAAGUGUACCGUUUUUCGCCAACAAAAAAACCUUUAAAUUACCAAUUUGAGUC